ACGAAACCUGUUUUGCUCAUCCUGAGACAUCCUGUGUGCUGGAGCAUUACUGACACCGGGUUAGACCUAUAUUUCUGAACCAGCUGUUUCACGAUGGGUGCUUUAGACUUUCUUGACGAUGUUCGGCGCAUGAAUAAGAGACAGCUUUAUUAUCAGGUGCUGAAUUUUGGAAUGAUUGUGUCAUCUGCUCUGAUGAUCUGGAAAGGCUUGAUGGUGGUUACAGGCAGUGAGAGCCCCAUUGUGGUGGUCCUCAGUGGUAGCAUGGAGCCAGCCUUCCAUAGAGGAGACCUCCUGUUGCUGACCAACUACAAGGAGGAGCCCAUCAGGGUUGGGGAGAUCGUUGUCUUCAAAAUUGAGGGCAGAGACAUCCCUAUUGUGCACAGGGUGCUGAAGGUUCAUGAGAAGGUAGACGGAAAAAUUAAGUUCUUGACAAAGGGAGACAACAACUCUGUGGACGACCGGGGUCUCUAUGCUAAAGGCCAGCUGUGGUUGGAAAAGAAGGAUGUGGUUGGUCGAGCGAAGGCGUAUUUACCGUAUGCUGGAAUAGUGACAAUAUUGAUGAAUGAUUACCCGAAGUUCAAAUAUGCCAUCUUAGCCUUCCUGGGAAUCUUUGUGCUGACUCAUCGAGAGUGACCCCUCCUUGAACCUAGAGAUUUACGUUUGUCUGUGGAUUGUGUUGUCUUCAUGGUGACUUUGGCCUUGACCUACUACAUCUGGAA